AUGACAUCACCAACUAGCCGAGGAGAAAACUUGCCAGGAUAUAGAAAUAAGUGGCUGCAAAUACCUGACAAUGAUACCUGUGUUGGCUGUAUGCCCUCACAUUUCAAUUCUACAUCUUUUCUAAAUAACACUUCGAUGGGUCUAACAAUUUUUCUUACUACUGUGAUGAUCUUCAUAACAGUUAUGGAUGUUCUAGGAAAUGCCAUGGUGAUUGCAUCCAUCUUAAAGAACAAGAAAUUAAGAAAUGCUGGUAAUAUCUUUGUGAUUAGCUUGUCAGCUGGGGAUCUGAUAGUUGGAAUAUAUUCAUAUCCUUUAGUUUCCAUUGCUACAUUCCAUAACAAAUGGAUCUUGGGAGAUGCUCAGUGCAAGAUUUCUGCAAUCAUCCAUAGUUUGAGCUUUUUUGUAACUGUCUACAGCAUCAUGGGUAUUGCCAUUAAUCGUUACUGCUGUAUCUGCCACAGUCUUAAAUAUGACAAGGUCUACAGCAUGAGAAGAACCUGCUUUUAUAUUUUCCUCACAUGGGCUUUCAGCAUUAUUUUGAUUAUACCGGUUAUGUUCUUUGAUGUUAUACAAUAUGAUGAAAGAUUGCAUUUCUGUGCAUUAAUAUUUACAGUAAAUCUUUCCUUAACAAGUACAUAUGGAGUUUUACACUUCAUAAUACCAGUGGUCAUUGUGAUUUUCUGCUACUCAAAGAUCUGGAUCUUGGUCAUUCAAGCAAAGUAUAGGGUUAGACAGGAUAAUAAACAGAAGCUAAAACCUGCUGAAGUACGUAACUUCCUUACCAUGUUUGCAGUAUUUGUUCUUUUUGCAGUUUGUUGGAGUCCAUUUAGCAUACCUGGUCUUGUGCUUGGCCUAAGUCCAGCAAAAGUGGAUUUUGAAUUUCCCCCUUGGUUGUUUGUAUUUGGCUAUUUUACUGCAUCAUUUAACAAUUGCCUUAAUGGAAUAGUUUAUGGUGUCUUAAAUCAAAAUUUUCGGAAUGAGUACAAAAGAAUUUUCCUGACACUGUGUCCCAUUAACUCAAUGCAGUGA